CCUCGCGGCAUUUUUCGCGAUACAUUGCAAGAGACACAACAACAAACAGAGAGAUAUAUAUUUUGACGGGAGCACGAUAGAGAACAGAGAGAGAGAGAGAGAAAGAGUGAGGGGGAGGGAAAGGGUCGAGUAUCUUAUAACUAAACCGUGACGCUAGUGGAGAUUUUUUUCACUUGUCUACGAUCGUGAAACUCCACACGUCGUCCAACGAUUUCGGAAAUUCUACGGAUCGUGAGUUUUAUCUCAGAUCAUCCGUUUGAGGGCACAAAGAGAAUAUGUUUACCGGAACAGUGAAAGUAGAGAUAUUCGAGGCCUCUGGUCUGAGAGCAACGGACAAACAGCGCAAGUUCUGGCAGGAUGCACCACCAAUUCUUGACCCAUAUGUACUUCUUCAUGUCGAUCAGAAUCGUCUGAAUCGCACGUCCAUCAAACAACGUACUUUUGAUCCUGUCUGGAACGAGAGUUUUGUUCAUGAAGUCCAAGAUGCAACGGUGCUGGGUCUUACGGUAUUUCACAAUGCGGCAAUACCACCCGACGACUUUGUAGCAAACUGUAGUAUACCGAUCGAGGAACUUCUAAUAAGAGAAGACGAGACCACUGAUUUUUGGGUGAACCUCGAGCCUCACGGUAAACUCCGGAUAAGAAUAGAUCUACAAUGGAGCAAUCAAGAUCAGCAAUCGGUGUGCGGAGCCGGAACGGAGGGCGAAGGAAUCAGUACGUUGACUAUGGGUUCUACUACGAGUCUCAUCUCAGGCAGCAGAAAACCAAGGGAAUUCAAGGAACGGGAAGGCUUCAAUCGACGUCGCGGUGCUAUGCGUCGGCGAGUCCAUCAAGUAAAUGGUCAUAAAUUCAUGGCCACCUUCCUGAGGCAACCGCACUACUGCUCUCACUGCCGUGAAUUCAUUUGGGGCUUCGGAAAGCAGGGCUAUCAGUGUCAAGUGUGCACGUGCGUCGUACACAAGAGAUGUCACAAGUUAGUCGUGACAAGGUGCCCUGGCAUGAGAGAUGAGACGAGCGAAGGGACGCCAGGUCAAAGGUUUAACGUAAAUUUACCUCAUGUGUUCGAGGUCCACAAUUACAAACUCUUCACAUUUUGCGAUCACUGUGGUUCUCUUCUCUAUGGUCUCAUCAAGCAGGGUCUCCAGUGCAAAGUAUGCAACUUGAACGUGCACAAACGAUGUCAAAAAAACGUGGCCAACAAUUGCGGCAUCGAUGUGAAAGCUAUGGCUGAGAUUCUUAGUACGUUAAAAUUCUCGCCGGAUCAACAGACGAAGACCCCGCGUAUAAAUUACCGUGCUCAGGGUGAAAAAGGCGCAGGUUCUCAACAAGCGGGCACGUCGAAGGAAGUGCUUCAAACGGAGUCGACGACGCACGCAAACCUAUGGCCAAAAGAUACAAACUCAUCGAGUGCCACGGCCCAAGAGACGAAUGAAAAAAUAGCGAGAAGAACAAGUAACUACGACGAACCGAAGGAAAGAGUCAAUUUGUCAGAUUUCAAUUUCAUCAAAGUACUGGGAAAGGGAAGUUUUGGCAAAGUUAUGCUCGCUGAACGACGGGGACAUCCGAACGAAGUUUAUGCGGUUAAAGUAUUAAAGAAAGAUGUUAUAAUACAAGACGAUGACGUCGAUUGCACAAUGACGGAAAAGCGAAUUCUCGCUCUAGCCGCGAAUCACCCUUUCCUCACCGCUAUCCACAGUUGCUUCCAGACCGAAGAGAGACUCUUUUUCGUUAUGGAAUACGUCAAUGGAGGUGAUUUGAUGUUUCAAAUACAAAAAGCCCGAAAGUUUGACGAGGCUCGUGCUCGUUUUUACGCCGCGGAGGUAACGCUCGCUCUCCAGUUUCUUCACAAGCACGGCGUCAUAUAUCGCGAUCUCAAACUGGAUAAUAUACUCCUGGAUCGGGAGGGUCACUGUAAACUUGCAGAUUUUGGUAUGUGCAAAGAAGGCAUAACCGACGGUAGAACAACAUCUACGUUUUGCGGUACUCCGGAUUACAUAGCACCGGAAAUCCUCCAAGAACUUGAAUACGGUGCGAGCGUCGAUUGGUGGGCACUCGGUGUUUUAAUGUACGAAAUGAUGGCUGGUCAACCGCCGUUCGAGGCGGACAACGAGGAUGAUCUUUUCGAGUCGAUACUUCACGAUGAUGUCGUUUAUCCGGUCUGGUUGGCCCCCGAAGCCGUAUCAAUAUUGCGCGGUUUUAUGACUAAAAAUCCAGCCCGCCGUCUUGGGUGCGUCAAUGAAAAUGGUGGCGAGGAAGCUAUAAAAGCACAUCCAUUCUUCCAAAUGAUGGAUUGGAAAGCCCUCGAGGCUCGGAAACUCAAACCACCCUUCAGGCCCAGAAUCAAUAAUGAAAAGGACACGACGAAUUUCGACGCUGAAUUUACACGCGAAGAGCCGGUACUGACACCGGUUGAGCAUGGAAUCGUCGAAGCGAUAAAUCAGGACGAGUUCGAGGGUUUUUCGUUUGUCAAUAAUGACUUCAAAACGUCCAGACUCGGCAAUCAUUAAUUCCGAGUACGCAUGGAAUAGUCGAGUAAAAGAAAAAACACAACAGUGACGAUAUUUCGACGUCGAACAAGACGUCAGUUUCUUUUAUGUGCAGAGUUUGCAUCGAGAGGAAAACAAAAGAAGAAAACUCAUCUGAAACUGCGCUGUAACAUCGACGGUGUAGGACCCAAGUCACCGAUGAGUAACGCUUGCAACGGUAAUCGUUGAAAGUUUUUCAAAUACCGAGGAGUACAAUACGUCAAAAGCGCGGGGCUCCCCCCUGGCUUCCUGUGUGGGUACUGUGUUCGCUAAGAUAUUUACGAGUAUGUCCCGUCCCGUCAUGAAAGUCGAAAAGUUCACGCAGGCGCAAGGAAUAUCGUGUAUCAGGAUUUAUCCAAUUUGUAGUUAUCCAAUUCGUUGAAUUUCAAGGGCGCGUAUGAACGAAGAUGAUAAAUUCAUCUUUUUAUACAGGCUCAAAUCUGCAAAGCGAUCGCCCAGUUAUGCUCUUGUUCGUUCAUUCUUUUCAUACUUAAUGAGAUAUAAAUUGGUUAAAAAGAUUCGAAAUCGGUACUGCAGAACCCUUUUUUCACUUGGCACGUGGUUUACAUUUAUCAUCAAUAUAUUAUUGGGUUGCCGACCCCUCUUGUUGUCAAGAGCACUGUUGCGAAAACGGACGACGUUUAGAAAACUGUCGGAUGCGAGAAUAACAAACAAACAACUCUUCUCGAGCGUGCGAAUAUAAAUUGAUUUUCAAUAUGGCCUCUUGCUAUUUUCGCAAUCGUGACCUUGUUUUCAUCAGUGUCAAUGUUCAUCCUGUACAUUUUUUAGUUGCUCUUGUUGUUUAAAUUAGCGAAAUUUGUCGCUAACUUGAGAAGCAUUUUAUAAAUAUGUCGAAAGUGAAAGAAACAAAACGUAAAGCAAUGAAGCUUGAAACCAAAUGAGACGAGCCUCGGGGCCCCAACUGUUUAUUGUAUGCAUGUGAAUGUGCGGUUGUGCGAGUCCGUGUGUGUGUAACCGAUUUUAGCUACGCUUAACGUAAUUGCAGAAGAAAUGAGAGAGAGUAAGAUAGAGCCAAAGGCCCGUGAGAUUUCAGAUUUUUUCAUCUCAUAGCUUCAAAUUUGGUGAGACAUUCUGCAGUCUCACCGGGCCGUUAGGUAAAUUUAUUCGAUGGUACGUUUCGCUUUGAUAUCUGCGAGUGAUGAAAAGGAAGAAACUACAAAAAAUCUCGUUGCAUUUCCUUGAAAUUUUUUCAAAGAACAAUAGGGGCACUGUUUAAAUAAACUAAUCGUACGUCGUUGUCUCUAGUUAGGUAACAUUGAUGGCUUGAAACGUGAAAAAACUUUUGCUCGUAUAAGAAAAAAAAUGAAUAUGAAAAAAAAAGGGGAAAGAAAGAAAAUCAAUGCUCCACGAAGUGUCCAACACGAAGGUGAAAACGAUCUAUAAAAUUUGAGAAUUUUGUUGUUUUUCGCGAGGUCGAUGCGCAAAUUCGAUCGAUCAAAAUUUAGAGAAAAAUGAACAAAAAUAAAUCUAUAUACACGCGCGUUACUAUACAAAUAAAUGCUUGUGUGAGUACUUUGUGCCAUGCAGCCGGGUGAUUCGUCGUACUUAAUCGUUGUCAAAAAAAAAGUAUUUAGCUUGUGAAUUAAUUUUAAGUUGAUGGCUAAAUCUUAAGGUGCGAGAAAAUUAAUGCGAUUUGAGAACGAUGAACAAUCACCUCCGAACUCUCGAUGUAAUAUUCACUAGAAAUUCACGAGAGCAGAACAAAAGAGAUAAUUGGAAGAUUUACGAAUAAUCAUAAGUAUAGAUUGCGAAGGAGAUAGUGAUUUUUCGCGUAUUUCGCGUUCCGGACAUGAUCAAAUGACACAAGGUUCCGAAGCACAACGCGACGUUAGACUAACUUGAGGCUAUGUCGUAUAUUAUUAUUGUAUUUUUUUUUAUGUUUUUUUUUUUUUUUUUUAAUCUUUAUUUCAUUAUUUUGAAAAAAGUGUGGGAAUCUGGCGACUAGUCAUCCGAAAUAUCGUGACUCUCUGCUAGAAGUGAUACUAUCGCGAACAUAGAUACCGGUAUUAGAAUUAAGUGUCAUUAAUCUCUACGAAGAGAGUAUGUAACGUAACUCACGAGUCCGUAUUAGUAUCAUGCAAUAGUAUUAUAUUUAUUAUUAUUAUUAUUAUUGAGUGAAUAUCCGCGAUUUCCUCCGCCAAUUCACGUUGUGCAAUUACGUUAAUAAUAACAAAGCCAUUACUUGUAAUAGAUAUAAAUAUGGCGUUGAAAUCUGAACUGAUGGGUUUUCGAGCGUCAAAAGAGAUCGAUUGUUGUCGUCAAUUCGUUGUCGUUUUAAUGCUGAUUAUUAACGUUGGAUUAUAUAUACGUUAUAUAAUAUAUAUUUAAUUAUAAUUGACCAAGUGGGGCAAAAAAUACAUUUAUAGAGAGAAAAAGAGAGAGAGCGGACGUCGAUCGUCGGUACGAGCAAAAAAUUGAAUUUACAUGGGUCUCGAGCUCUCCGCUAUAUUGACCCUCGCUUGAUGAAUUAAUUAUUUAUAUGUACAAAUAGACACACGUAUAUAAAUUAUAUAAGGGUGUCCCAUUUUAAUUGCUCCAUAUAUUGUGUUAUUCCGCUAACUAAAUACUUGCAUUUGGCUCAAGUGCAGGACGAUCCUUUGGAAAUUUUGUCACGAAUCUCCGCACCCACAAAAUACUCGCCCGAGUGAUGAGCGCUCGCUAAUAUUAUUUUCCCCCGAAACAGCUUGAAUAUAGUGCGAAACAUUUAUUUCCAAGACAAGACAAAUUUUCUGGGAAUAUCUGCGUGGACUGUUAUUAAAAUGGGACCCACCGUGUGUUCGUUUAAUGCGUGUGUGUGUGUGUGUGUGUACGUGUGGACGUACGCGGAUUGCGUGUGUCAUUUAUGUGUAUGACCAAGCCCAACAAUACUAAUCAUUGCUUAUGGGGAUGAAUUCUGAUCGAUUUAAAUGUAGCGAACUUUUUCCAAACUAUUCGUUUCGAUUUCUUGUUCAUCAUAGUUAGGGAAAGCAAUCGAAUUUUCACUUUUCAUUCUUUUCAAAGACUAAAACAUCAUUUAGAAUGACUUUUUUUUAUAAUUCACGAAUUAAAAUUAAAUUUCUUUGCUCCUUCAGGCUCGCUAGAUCGUCAGCCAUAUAAAUAAUUGUCCAUUUUUUGUCGUAAGUAAACAAAAAAAAUUGUCGGAGAAAUCGUACUGAAUUCGAUCUCAUAUUUACUCGUGACAAAUAUUGUUGGUUUUGGGACGACCCUCCUGUCACAUUGUUCGGUUUGGAUGUCUGUGGAUGGAACACCCUGUAUAUAUAAAUACAUACGCGUGUGGAGCGAUGGGAAAAUUAAAAAUAUUCUUCUCUAUUGAGAGAAAAAUGAUUGUCAAGACUACGUCUUUAUAUUGAAUUGUGUACAUCAUCGAGAUGGAGAAUCAAUAAUCCUCCAUGGCCAAUGUUUUUCGUUAUAAUUUCGUAAAGCUGCUGUGUAUUCCUCCUAUCGUUUUUCGUAUGACUUGAAAAUGAGAAAGAGAAAAAAAAUACGAGUGUCACUCGUUGAGUCGUUCCGGAGAAAAAUUUUUCCGGCUUUUUUCUGACAGCAAUUGAUCACUGUGUACCCAGUGAAGUACGAAUUUUCAUAAUUUCUUUUUAUCGCAUUCAAUGAGUCAAAGAGGCUGAACAAUUCAUUUGAAAACUAUCGACAAUUCUUCCGUUUACUUUCAAUGUAACACGGUGAAACUUAAUUCCUGAAAUAAAUCGCACAAAGAUUUCUUUCGCUUAUUAUAUCGAAGUAUGUAUAUAUGAACCGACUAACGUACUCGACAAGAUUGAGAAUUUUUUCAAAUAUUCAUGGAUCGAAGAAAUAAUCUCGAGGCGAAAAUACUUGAAAUGGAAAACAAGAGAUUAUAGCCUCUUUUCAAUAGCCCAUGAUGGAUGCCCUUUCGAAUAAAUUCGGGGCUUGAAUAAUUUUUUUAUACAACAAGCGGUUGCCAAAAAAAAGUCCAAAAUAUUGAACUCCUAUCAACGAUGGAGGCUUACACUUUUUGUUUUUCAUCAACCAUGCAAGAACAAACCUUCCCAUGACGCACUUAUCGAUGUAUAGUCGAAUAAAAAUAAAAACAUAAAUUUCUCCUCUU